AAAAAAAUGUUCAUGAUCGUUACUGCUCAACUAGUAAAAUGUAUACAAAUGUUCAGUAUUUAUUUCAAAGUACAUUUUAUAACUAAUAGACACAUAAACAACUACUAUAAUUUACUUGUGUGUAUCAUAAAGCAAAACAAUACCUGUCGGAGUAUCAUGGUCUUUAAAAAGGAAAAAUUCAAAAACAGAAAAAUACACUGUGGUUCAUGGGCGCUGAACUUUCAACGGCGGUCGCCUAUAACGAAGGACGUUUAAGCUUUCAGUUUCAGUAGCAUUCCGUCAUUUGCGCCGAGAGUAGCGACUCAGUUAAACAUACACAAUGAAUCUCGAAAUAAAUAUUUUUUUAAACUUUUAAUAGUUAUUUAGUGAUUAUAUAAAAGUAAUUAUUUAUACAGUGAUACGUAUGUGUUAAGUCAACAAUUUUGAUAAUUAGAAAAAUAAAAUGAUUUAGAAUUUUAAUAAUAUGCAAGUAAAAAAACAUGUAUAUUCAUAAAUGGAUAAAGGGAUUUAGAAUUAAACGAUUAUACUUCCACAAAAACAAUUGAAUAUUAACUCCAAAAUAAUGUCGAAUCAUAUAAAUGAAGAUUUAGAAGACGAAAUAAGCCUAACUGACAGGUUUGUAAAAUACUAUCCAUUGGCUGUUGUAUGUCUCGGAAGCUUGGGAAAUUGUUUAUCAGUACUAGUGUUUUUUGGAACAAAAUUGCGAAAACAAUCAUCAUCGUAUUAUUUAUCUUCGUUAGCAAUCAGCGACACAUUAUUUUUAUUAAUACAACUGAUGCCUGUACUAUCCAAAGUUGGAAUCGGAAUAUACCACAUGCACGGUUUUUGUCAGUUUUUCGUCUACUUGGCACAGAUAUGUAGUUUCAUAAGCGUGUGGCUAGUUGUAGUGUUUACAUCAGAACGUUUUAUAGCUGUUCGAUAUCCAUUACAUAGAUCGGUGAUAUGCACAGUAUACAGAGCUAAAAUCGUACUAAGCAUAUUAGUCACGUUUGCACUAGUAGUACAUAUACCUUAUUUAGUGAUUUCAACGCCUAACACGACCUUAGAAAAUAACUCAACAACAACAGAAUGUAGCUUGAACUUUUCGUGGUACGAAUUAUAUAAAUGGCUAAACUAUGCAGACGUAUUUAUGAACAUGAUGAUACCAUUUUUCCUGAUCGUGAUAUUCAAUAGCAUGAUUUGUCAAUCUGUGUGUCGAUUAGCCAGAAUAAGACGAACAAUGACACUUCAUCCAUCUAGAAAGAGACAAUCUACCUCACAAAAUUCACAACACACAUCUCAAAUAAAAGUUACAGAAAUGCUUUUAGUCGUGUCUACAGUGUUCUUGUGUCUUAAUCUACCAUCAUACGUAUUUCGAGUAUGGAUGGUAUGGGACAAUACAUCAACAAAAUACAAAACUAUACAAGUCAUUGCAAAUCAAAUGUACAACACACAUUUCGGAAUAAAUUUCGUACUGUACUGUGUAAGUGGCCAAAAUUUUCGAAGAGCUUUGGUUGAACUUUGGAAUAAAAGAAGACAUUCCAAUAAAAGAUUAAGGGAAACUCAGGUUACAACAGUAUUAUCAGAAUUCUCAAAAAGUGGGGUUGGAUCAAAACAAACUACCGUCAACGGAACUUGGAAAGAAGUACAUGAACUCAUACCAAUUGCACACAGUUAAUAAUUAUGGUUUAUAGAUAAACUCAAUUUUAAUUAUAACAUACCUAUAAUAUGGCUAUAUUUAUAUAUAUUAAAUAAUAUACAUUUUGUAUACAGUAAAUAUGUUAUAAUAAAUAGGUUGCGACAAAAGGGUGGUGCUUGGGAGAAAAUUCUCAUUUAAUUACCAUCAACCCCCCCCCCACACACACACACACAAACACACACACAUACACAUUAAAAAAAAAUUAAUGUAUAAGUGAAUAUGUAAAUAAUUAUAUAAUUAUUAUUUAAUGUAAAUAGUGUAAUAAAAAUUUUCUUAUCGCUUAUUAUACUGGGAACGUGAAAUAAGCAGAAUUAUCAUAAACACGACAAUUAGACACGAUAAUUUAAUUUAUCUAUGUUCUAACGUUUUUAAAAACUAUUUUUUUACUUACACUUAGAUUUCAAAAAACUUUAUAAUGUGUCGUAUAAUAUCGAUCAAAUAGAAUUUACUAUUUAUUAAUAAAUGUUAAUAUUUUUUCCUCUUACCAAUAAA